AUGUAUCGAUUAAAUAUCUCCCUCUUCUCGCUCCCGCUUUCAAUCAUAUCCCUAGUCUCAGCAACAUGCACCGAUUUUAUCCCAACAGAUUAUCGAAUCGUCGACUACACACCAAAUGAGAGAUUGUGGACAGCGAUUCCCGUCACAAGUUUCCACUGCAAAACAGAUAACCCAAAAUCAUGUUCGUUUCCGCAGCAAGAUUGGACUGUAUCAAUCGAACCCAAGAUUUUGAUGAACUACACCACACCACUUACGCUCUCGCGAUCUGAUAGCGACAGUAUUUUUGCUUUAGCUGGCGCGACAUUAUACAAUACUAGUCGGCCACUUCCACAUGAAGACGUGAAGGUUGGAAGAAGGACUGUCACCGGGUAUUCUUUGGCUUUCAAAAGGGAUACAGGAAGAGUGACGACGAGGGACUUGCCGCCUGCGGAACAACAUGUGUUGGGUGUUAGGAAAGGACAUCAUGGGACACUACUAUGGACUCCGAUCAUGGGAGCUAUUGAGGGAACGAUCUAUGACUGUGAAGAUACCUCGCUGGAUGGUCAAGUAGUCCAGAUUGUUGCACCGCUUUCAAAAAAGGGGGAUUUAGUUGGCAAAUGGUCGGCGAAAAUUACCGCGAGAGAGAGCGCGCCAUCUGCUGGUUCAUCUAUGGCAAAGACGAAGGGGACCAAGAACACAAAUGGUGUUGGUAGGAUGAGGGCAGGUUGGAACAUGGUGGUCUGGAUGACAGGAUUCUUGGAACUUGUAUUUCUUAUGCUUUGA